GCGGAGUAUCGUCCUGUCAGCGCAAAGGUGAUGUUGGAUGCCUCCACAGGGAGGAGUAAAGGCUUUGGUUUUGUGCUCUUUAGAACCGAAGAAGAAGGGAAGAGGGCGUACGAUGACCUUAACCGAAAGAGCACUAGAGCAUGUCGCCACAACUUCAAUUUGAUAAUUUACCCCUCACAGCAUAGUGGAAGGGCCGCUGUCUCUCCAUCUAAUGCUCUGUACAUUCGCAACAUUCCCAUCACGGUUCCGCAGGCGCAGGUGGAGAGGUUUUUAUCGACCUUUGGCACCUUGGCUUUCUGCGCCAUGCGUGAGGACCAUUACGGUAACCCUGUAUGGGUUGUCUACGCCGAGUACGACUGCCUUAGCUGUUCCAAGAAUGCCCUCCAAAGGCUACACGGCAGUUCAGAACACUUUUAUGGUCCUCCAGUGAUGGUCAAGUACGCUGACACGGAUGAGGCCAAACAAGAGCGCCGCCGCCGCCGCGAAGAGGGCAAAGUUCCCCGUGCACCUCCUCCACGUAGUGUCUGUGUAUUUCCACCACCUCGUCAAACCGCAGCCCCAGAGGUGCAUCAGUGCAAUUGUAUGGAUGUUGCCACAGCAUUCUCCAACAACGGCAAUAUAACUGUUGCUGCCUGUCCUCGUGAGCUCACGCCUUCUCGGGAUUCGACAUCAUGCUCACUGGGCCCAAACCUAAGCAGUGAUACCUCGUCAACCGCAUCUUCGGCUCACAAGGUACCAGAUAACGUGUUCACUCCACCGCCGCCUACACUGUUGGGCUCGGCAGCACUUCCGCCCAUGUUCUCUGUACCUCCGCAGUCCCAGCCUCUUCCAAUGGAUACUUUGGAUGCGUCCUGCAAGGUGGGUCCUCCAGGGUCCCCACCGGUGCGUCGAGCUAACAGCAAUAAAGAUGACCCGCCCGUUAUGAUUGUGCUGGAAAACGGACAGCAGCUGAUGCUGGCCUCGAACGCUGUGAACUUGCGUCCAUCUGACUUUGCCCUUGCCGCACAGUCCAGCCUUCUGUGGCCACCGGAGGUGGGGUACGCCUCACCACUGCCGCCACCGAAGUCGCAACCCUUUACGGUUGUUCCGUUUUCGUAG